UGCCAGUCGAGACGUCAUCUGUCUGCGCCACGUCCACCUUCUGAUCUGACAGUUCAAUGACGGGUUGCACUUUGCCCACAUGUUCUUUUGUUUUUUUAAUGUUUCUUUGAUAACACAGGUGGUUAAACCAUAAAGUGAACAGCAUGCACAGAGCUGUCGGCCCGGCGAUGAUCCGUCAGUGUUUAAGAUGCAGAGCUCCCCAGCAGCUGAGCUCACGAGCUUACAGUGUGAUCCCGACCCCACACGACAGUGAGGAGAAGGAGAUGUUGGACCGAAUCCUGCGGGUGGACCACGCGGGUGAAUACGGAGCCAACCGCAUCUACGCCGGCCAGAUGGCAGUGUUGGGUCGAUCUAGUAUUGGACCUCUCAUCCAGGAAAUGUGGGAUCAAGAAAAGAAACACCUGGAGAAAUUCAAUGAGAUUCUGGCUGAGAACAGAGUUCGACCCACAGCACUGUUACCCAUCUGGAACAUCGCUGGGUUUGUAUUAGGUGCGUCCACUGCAAUGCUGGGAAAAGAGGGGGCGAUGGCCUGCACUGUGGCGGUGGAGGAGAGUAUUUCAGAGCACUACAACAGCCAGAUAAGAGCUCUGAUGGAGAAGGACCCUGAGAGAUACACUGAACUGUUACAAGUCAUAAAGGAAUUCAGAGAUGAUGAGAUGGAGCAUCAUGACACAGGAUUGGAGCAUGAUGCUGAAAAGUUACCUGGAUACUGGCUACUAAAAAACGCAAUACAGCUUGGCUGCAAAGCUGCAAUAUAUGUUUCUCAGCGUGUCUAACAUUGUUUUUUUAGAAUAACUGAAAAUGUUCACCAAUGUUUAUUUGAUAUGUUGAUUCAAAUUUGAAUGAAUGGCAGUUAGAUUUCUGCUCCAUUGUUCAGGAAAUACUUUGUCAUACUAUUGCAAGAUUAAAAGUAUUGUAUACAAACAUUCACAUUUACCCACAUGAACCAAAAUUGUACUGCUUUGUACUGUGUAUAAUACAUGGACUGUUUAAGUUAGUGGAGGUAACCCUGUCUGAAUUAAAAGCAGAUCUUUACUCUGUUG